AGGCUCGCCACGUCCUCUGUUCCGUCCAGAUCGUCUGGCUCGGACUCGGUAAUCACGAUUCCAGAGGAGGCAGCGGCGGCGGGACUCUAGAACCUUCCGAGAAUCCGAGUUCCUUCUGCGUCCCUUCACCCUUCUCGUUGCGCUCACCACAGGCAAUUCGACCGUUCACAGAGAAUUGAAUCAUGGAAGGAGGGGGUAGCAACACGCCCUUCUACCGCGGCAACAGCACCGCACUCGCCACCAACCCUUCUGCUGCUGCUGCUGCUGCUGCUGCGAAUGGGGCACAGAAAGGGGACAGGGAGGCUGCCAUCGAUGCCGAGAUAGUGAGGGUUAACGACCUACCAGCUCAUAGUUCCUACGCCAUACACCGCAUGAAGGUGCUAAACAAACUUCGUCAUCUGCUGUCCAUCAAGAGGACUACAUCUCAAGAUGAGGAGCUCGAACUUCUCUUCGCAAGCCUUUCAAUCUAAAGUGUAUCCUUGAUAAGCCAGUAUUUUAACCCUGCUAGGGGAGCCCACUCUUCUGCCUAUCUCUACUGUUAUGUCGUUACCUCUCAUAGCAUGCUUCCUUAUAGUUUCGAAGUGCAAGGAGAUCCCGUUACUUGUCUGUAUCAUAACUCAUAAAUUGUUCGAAACUUUGAUUGAGGAUGUGGCGUGCUCUGCUCCUCUAAACCUGGACGAUGUGGAAUGGUGGGAAAACCCCCCCUACUAUUGUGUUGUUUGUGAAUGUACCGUUGUAACCACAAGUGAACUUGCUGUCUCGGACAAGAAUUAUUAGCUAAAUAACCAUGGUACUGUUUGUUGA